GUAAAAAUUAUAAGCAUGAGAAAUCUCCGCAAAGCAGAUCUGUUGAGCCAAACUGAUUGCUACAUCAAGCUGUGGCUGCCAACAGCUUCAUGUCGGGAAGCCCGGACAAGAACUGUAUGCAACUGCAGAAACCCUGUCUGGAAUGAAACUUUCCACUUCAUGAUACAAAGUGAAGUAAAGAACAUCCUGGAGCUGACAGUCUGUGAUGAGGAUACUUUUACACCAGAUGACCAGCUUUUGACUGUUCGCUUUGAUGUAGCUAAAAUCCAACCUGGAGAAAAAGUUCACCUGAAUUUUGAGUUGAGUCCAGAGUCUCGUGAAAUUUCCUGUUUGGAAGUACAUGUGAAUGAAAGAAAAAUGAAGAGCCCUUACACAAGGAGAGAUUUCACAUUCACAAUGAAAGGAUCCUAUGAAGAAACCCAGGAUGUUUCCAUAGGUCCUUGCUGCAGAUGGGGAAGCAGUGAAACCACCAUGUUCCACUACAUCAAGCACAGUCAACCCAGACUGCACAUGACGCUGCCAAAGGAGCGUUUUUUCUGUGGUCAUAGCUCAGCUAGGAGGGAAAUGGAUGUAAGUAGUCCUCUGGCUGUGCCUCUCCAUUCUCUGGACUUGGGAAAGAAAGUGACAGUGAUGAGAGGUGAAUCUUAUGAGGUGUCUGUGAAGGAAGAAGAUGGUUGCAAGAAUUUAGAUUUGCGGUUGGGGUUUGAUCUAUGUGCAGAGGAGCAGGAUUUCAUCUGUAAAAGGAAGAAGUUGGUUGCUGCUGCUCUGAAAAAUGUUCUUCAUCUAGAUGAGGACCUGCAGGAGGAUGAGGUGCCAGUGGUGGCAGUCAUGACCACAGCAGGCGGAGUGCGGUCCAUGACGGCUAUGUUUGGCAGUCUUCUGGCUCUCCAGGAGUUAGGUGUUUUGGACUGUGUGUCAUACCUCAGUGGUUUGUCUGCCACAACAUGGACCAUGGCAAAGUUAUAUGAAGAUGCAAAUUGGUCACAGAAGGAUCUUAGAGGGCCAAUUGGUGAUAUCAGGAAUCAUGUGAUCAAGAGCAAACUGCGCUGUUUCUCGUUGGAUCAUAUGAAAUACUAUGAAAAGGAGCUUUGUGAAAGAAAGCAAGAGGGGCACAAGUUGUCCUUUGCAGAUUUAUGGGGACUCUUCAUUGAUCGUAUGCUACAUCAUCAGGAAAGUACUCACAAACUCUCUGAUCAGCAACUGGCAGUAAAUCAGGGGCAGAAUCCACUGCCCAUAUACCUGUCCCUCAAUGUCAAGGAUGACUUUAGCACUCUGGAUUUUAAAGAGUGGGUGGAGUUCACACCUUACGAGGUGGGUUUCCUGAAAUACGGGGCCUUUGUUCGUUCAGAGGAUUUUGGUAGUGAGUUCUUCAUGGGCCACCUGAUGAAGAAGAUCCCAGAGUCCCGCAUCUGCUUCUUGGAAGGCACAUGGAGUAAUAUAUUUUCCCAGAAUUUUAUGGAUGCUGUCUACCUCUCGGGUCAUUCAGAGGACUUCUGGCACAGAUGGACCCGAGGCACUGAGCAUGAGAUUGAGGAACACCCUGCUCUGCCCAGGAAGCCUCAUGAACAGACAACUUGCUUAUCCAUUCCCAAAGGUUGCCUUUCCAAUACUCUUCGAGAAAUGAUGACCGGACGGCCAGUGGUCUCAACUUACCAUAAUUUCCUCAAGGGCUUGCAGCUACAUAACAAGUAUUUUGAGAAUGAGAGCUUUUGCAUGUGGAAAGACACAGUGCUGGAUUCUUCUCCCAACCAGCUGAAUGAAAUGGGUGACUACCUCAAGCUGGUAGAUACAGCUUUCUUCAUCAACACCAGCUGCCCACCCAUUCUGAGGCCAGAGAGGAAAGUGGAUGUCAUUUUGCAUUUAAAUUACAGCGGAGGAUCACAGACUCUGCCACUGGACCUAUUCUCAGAGUACUGUUUGGAGCAUGGGAUCCCAUUCCCUGGCACGGAGCUGAGCCAGGAAGACCGGGAACACCUGAAGGAGUGCUAUGUGUUUGAGGACAGUGUAGAGGCACCAAUCUUGGCCUAUUUCCCACUGGUGUGUGAUACCUUCCAAAAAUACAAGGCACCAAAUGUGGAGCGCAAUCCCACAGAGAUGGAGCAAGGAAGAGUAGAUGUGUCCAACUGUGUUGCUCCCUAUGGCACUGGUCUGCUUACAUAUACUGAAGAGAAUUUCAACAAGUUGCUGAACCUGUGCAGCUACAACAUCCUGAAUAAUAAACAUUUAAUUCUUCAGGCUUUGCGAACUGCAGUGGAACGAAAGAAGAGAUUUAAAAACUGUUCAUCACCUCAGUCGUCUAAACUCUCUUAA